AUGAAGAUUACAAAAUUGCUGGUAACACUGGCUGUUUUAGUGGCCCUGAAUUCAUUCACACCAUGCACAUGUAAGAACUUAUUCCUGAAAAAUUUGAAAGCAAAACUAGACGAAUUCGAUAAAAACAUGCAGAAAAAAGAUUUUAAAAAGAAGGUGAUCAUCUCGUCAGCAGUCUUAGGGGCAGCAAUCUUGGCAAAUGCACUAGCUGGAAUAGGAUACUAUAAUUAUAUGAAAAAGGAGCAGCGUGAUCAUGGACAGAAGGAUAAUUGCGUGGAAUCUAAAAAGAAUGUAGAUGCAAAUAAGCUUGCCAAGCUGACUGAAGAAAUUAAGGACAAAGUAAAUCAAAUGUCGAAAAAAACUAUGGCCGAAAAUUUCAAGUCGGGUAGACCAGAUUAUCCAAGACUGAAAGACGUUCUCCUCAGCAUGGAAAAUGAAGUCAAAAGGAGAAAUGCAAACAUCGAUAAGUAUCACACUUUAGACAUGUCUUACGAUGUUUUCAGAAAUCUUUAUCAUAUAUCUGAACUGUGGAGAAAGAACCCACACUUAAUUCCAAACAAUAACUAA